AUGUCGAGCUCCAGAUCCCUGUAUCAUCCAAAAGAUGCGUGGGACUACUGGAGGGAAACAAUCGAUCAUAUGUACCUGCACGAGAACAAGACAUGCGGAGAUAUUAGGGCCUACCUCAUUUCAAACGACUUCUCAUGCAGUGAAAGGCAGAUUAAGAACCGGCUCAGAGAAUGGAAAUAUGAGAGCAAAAAAACCCCGUCUCAACAUUACCUGGCAAUGCUGUCAUAUGCAAACUCUGAGCGAGUUGAUGGCUACAAAAUCAAGUUCGACGUACCAAAGCGGGACGGUCGGGUUUAUUUCAGCCUCAAAAAGAUCAAGAAGGAAUGUGACAGGGUGAAGAAAAAGUAUGAAAAUGCUCAUGUCGAGUUUUCACUCCCAUCAUACGAAGUCGCCGAGCGAAUUUUAUGGGAUGCCGAUAUUCGCAUCAGUCGGCAUUUAGCUGAACCGGACGAUCUGACUCGAUCAAAAUCUUAUCCAGAGAUACCGGGUGAGCCGGACGGCCAUGGAUGUUAUGCUCCUGGAAGACCAUUCGCAAACUACACGGAUUGGACUGCCUCGAUUGACAAUGAUAGCCAAGUUAGUCAGGGAGAACUGGACGAAGAAUAUAACUUCGCCCGUCUGGAAACUAACUGGGCGAGCCAUUCUCUCUUGGGGAACCAAAUUUCGACCGUGCAAAUUGAUCACCCGAACAUUAUUACCUUGAAUGGCGAGCCCUUAGCCUGUUCUUCGCCCACGUCAGUGGUUAUGAAGGACUUCCACGACUCCCAAUGGAGCACAUGCGAAGAUAAUGAUCCGUCCUGGAAACUGAAUAAUCUCAGUGCUCAAACAAUAUCCGUGAUAUGCGCUGAACGCUCGGCAGCUUUAAGUCACGCCGUGCCAACGCUAACUCAUUGUUCCGAUCAAUUGAGGUUCCUCCUCGCUAUACUGGAUACACGGAUCCUGUUGCCCAGAAUUCGAGCUUAUCUGCGCAUGGAAGAAUCGGUGAACAGUUUCCUUAAUUCCGAAACUCUGAGUAUCCUUAUGGAGGAAGGAUACUACAGCAAUUCAGAUUCAGGCGAAUGUUCAACUUCCUUAGAGGAAGAGUUCCUCGGUCACAGGAUCGAUGUUGAUAGGCUAGAUAUUUCAAACCUCUCGCCGCCCCUCAAAGCCUUGGUCAAGGGAAUCAAGGCAAAAAAUGACGAAGCCGGGGUCAUCAGACUACGCUACGGCCUUUGUGAACUCAGUGACUGGAUCCUUCCUGGCCUUGUCUGGAUGCACUUGGUUCUUGAGUCAGAUGGCCGAGACGCAGAGCUGAAAAAUUUCCUCUCUAUCGGUUACACUAUACUUGAGCAAGCGGAGCACCUGGAAGACCACACUGCCUUUGCCGUGCCAUUUCGAUACAUUUUUGCUGAGUUUACGAGGAAUUCUGGCGACACCGCUAAAUGGGGUCAACGGCUACGGGGAGCACACGCUCGGAUCACAAGUAGAUGGGGGAUCGACCAUCCGAACUCCCUGGCCAUUGCAACAUACAUGGCGUGGAACGAUCUCCAUCACGGACGGCUCGAAAGCGCUAUACAGUUGUUGACAGCGUAUGUUGACAUCUGCGAGCGACGCUUGGGACCUCACAGUAUCCUUACCGUUGCUGGCUGGGCCUUGAUGUCGCGGGCUCUCGAUGAACAUGGUAAUCUGGUCGGUGCCUGUGCGAGUGUUGCAAAAGUCGUGGAACGAUUUGACAGCGAUCGCUCUGACCUAGGAAAGUACCGAUUGAUGAUGAUGCACAGAUUUGGAGAACUGUUGCUGAGAACCGAUCAGUUGGAGGCCGCAGAAACGUAUCUCCUGGAGGCCUUGGGUGGUCGUCUCCAAGUGUGCGGUCUUGAAUCUGGCGAGGUGUGGUCGACCAUCCGCGCGCUGGAUGCCGUUUUCCUCCGGUCUGGACGUAUUCAGCAAGCCCAAGAAUUUGUCGAGUAUUUCACUAAUCUUUUCAACUGGGAACAGAGGCGCGAGUGGGCUAAAGAGAACAAUGUCGAACUCCCUUUCCCUUUCCCUCCGUCCUGGUUGCCAGAUCAGAUAAUUGUCGAUAUCAUUAAGAUGCGUCCAAAAAAAAGAUCUACCCGACCAUAA